UUUCGUCAAUGGCUUCUUUUUCCCUUCGUUUCCUUCUCAGCUUUCUUUCAGUCUUGUAUGUCACCGUUCUAUCUGAAUCUGGAACAACUUCGAAGCCGGAUAAGUUCGUUUUGCCGGUACACCAAGAUGACAAGACCAAUCUCUAUGUUGCAGACAUUUAUAAGAGAACUCCACCAUUGCAAAUCCCAUUUGUUGUGGACUUGAAUGGGAGGUCGUUGUGGGUUACUUGUGAAGAAAACUACUUCUCGUCCACGUACCGUGCUCCUCGGUGCCAUUCGACUCAAUGUGCUAGAGCCGACGCUCACGAUUGCCACAGUUGCUCCUCCAAGGCCAGACCGGGGUGCCACAACAACACGUGUGGGCUUGUGUCGGUGAACCCUGUGACAGGCCUAACCUCCAUGGGUGAGCUUGCACAAGAUGUUCUGUCAAUUCAUUCCACCCCAGGGUCUAACCUCGGUCCCCUUGUUAAGAUACCUCAGUUCUUGUUCACUUGUGCACCUUCUGUUUUACUGCAAACUGUCUUACCAGGGAACGUUCAAGGGGUGGUUGGAUUGGGGCAUUCGCCGAUUUCUUUAUCCACUCAACUCGCCUCGUACUUCGGAUUUGCCGGCUUUGCCCCGACAUUCACCUUAUGCCUAUCAACUAAUGGGGUCAUUUUCUUUGGGGGUGGUCCUUAUUAUAUGCAUCCUGGUAUUGAUAUUUCACGCCCUUUAAGCUACACACCACUGAUCAUAAGUCCACAAGGAGAGUACUACAUAGAAGUGAAAUCAAUCAAAAUAAACAACAAUGACAUUCCGAUAAACGCAACUCUGUUAUUGGUCGAUAGACAAGGCCUUGGGGGCACGAAGCUCAGCACAGUCAACCCUUACACCAUUCUUCAACACUCGAUCUUCAAAUCAGUCACCGAAUUUUUCACCAAGGAGCUCUCAGGCAUCCCCCCCGUAAAUCCGGUGGAACCAUUUGGUGUUUGUUUCAAUUCAAAAAGUAUUAACAAAGGAAGCAGGGUCGGAUCGAGCAUCCCUGAUAUAGACCUAGUGCUGCAUGACCAGCAUGUUGUAUGGAGGAUUUCCGGAUCGAACUCUGUGGUCGAAGCUGCACCGGGAGUCUCAUGCUUAGCCUUUGUUGAUGGGGGACUCGACACUCGAGCUUCGAUCGUUAUCGGAGCUUACCAAAUGGAGAACAAUCUUCUACAAUUUGAUCUGGCAAGGUCAAGGCUGGGUUUUAUCUCUUCCCUGCUGUUUUUCAGGACCUCUUGCAAUAACUUCAACUUCACUGCUGUUCCAUAAAGAGAAUGAGGGAGUUGUAUUUUAACCUAUUGCAUA